UCUAAGGUCUUAAGGAUGCUGCCAGUAUCGUCGUCUCGUCAAAGUCCACCGCCGUCUCCGAAAAUGGCGUCACCUUCUUCGCUGUCUCCUGCCAACGUCUCACGUAGAAGAUCCAAAACUCCUUGCGAGAAGGCCCUGAAUCCGAGUUUCGCUGACCUUCUAUCAGACGUCCUACCUAUAAUGAUGUCUCAUCUUGUCUUAAAAGAUAACAUCCAUGCAUCCGCGACAUGUAAUUCAUGGUGUAAAGCUGAUGUAUCUGUCCGGGUAGUGGAAAAUCAUCCUUGGAUUAUGUCCUUUCCUAAAUAUGGCAACUUGUUUGAACUCCGUGAUCCAUUAAAACGGAAGGUGUACACUAUGAAUCUGUCAGAGUUAGCUAGAUACACUGUGUGGUACUCAAAAGAUGGCUGGUUACUUAUGGCUCAACGAGAUUUGAGAAAGAUGUUCUUCGUCAAUCCAUAUUCUCGGGAGCUCAUAACAUUACCGGAUUAUCAGCUGGCUUUUGAAGAGAUUGCGUUCUCUUGUCCUCCUACUUCAGAUAAUUGUGUGGUUUUAGGGAUAAGGUUCAUAGACGAGUUUGUUCUGAUCAGCACUUGCCACCCUGGAGCAACUGACUGGACCAAUGAAGAAAUCCCUUUUCGCAUAAGACCGUUUUAUAAUCAGAGUAACAUUGUCUAUUGCAAAGAUCGAUUCUAUUGCUUCAACGCACGAGGAACUUUGUUUAGCUUUCACCCAUCUUCCCGUACAUGGAGUUAUAUGUGUGCAGAUAAACUGGAAUGCCCGUAUAAAUACGAUAGAGAGAAAUAUGGAUGGAGUGAGAAAGGAGUUUCCUUGAUAGAGAAGGAAGGAGAACUCUUCGUCAUGUUUACAAGCAGCAACGAGAGGCCACUACUGUACAAGCUAGUCUCUGCGAGGUGGGAGGAGAUGAAUACGACUGCACAUGAUGGCUUGAACAUCUUUGUCAGUUAUUAUAACAGUGAGCUGAGAACUAAUCUCCCAAGGAUGAAGAACAAUAUAUAUUUCUCAAGGUUCAGUCAGAAGCGCAAACGUUGUGUAUCGUAUUCCUUUGAUGGAAGCAGGUUCAGUCGGCCCAAGGAAUGGCAGAGGUGGAGAGAACUAUGUCCUCGUCAAAGCCUAUGGAUCGAUGCGCCUCCUAAGAAUGUGUUAGACCUUUUGAGCGAAAUAGAUAAGUAGUCAUGUUUGAUUCGGAAUUCUCAUUGUUGUGUUGUUGUUUGCCAGAACAGUUUCGGCCUUUGUUAAUGUCUUCUUUUUUUAAAGUUGACAUUGAACCGUUUAUGAUUCUCCCUUGCCUUGGUUGACAAAUGUUUACAUUCUCGGCACAACCUUCAAAGUAACAUUGC